AGCAGCAGACGCUUGUACGGGCAUUACACAUCAGAGCAUGCUGGAUUCGGUUUCCACCUAAAACUUUGCCUUCUUUACUGAUUCAAGAGGUUUUCACUGGAAAACAACUCCACAAAGCAGCAGAAGAGUUCCCCAGGAAUAUUUGGAUUUUUCUUCAAGAAACAAGACGCUGAAGAUGUGCAGUGCUCUCCCAACAUCUCCACUCACACGGCUUGUGAAACUCUCAGCCAGCUACAUCUGCCUCACCUAUAACUGCUAGGUGCUAAAGACAGCAGAGUGAGAUCUACAGAAACACAGGAGAUGGUUAAGACAUUAUAUAUGCCAGUGGAUGAUAAAGCUUUCUUGGAAAACCAAAAACUGGGACAAACUUCCAGGUGAUGCCCAAAGCUUCUCCAAGAAGAAACAUUGCAAUACAUCACACCUCUGCUAAACAGUGUGAAGAUCCGCCUGCGGCACAUGUAUUCUGCCAAGGAUUGGUGAUUACAAAUAUUUCAGCGGAAAGAUCAACUGUAUCCCAAGGAUUUUAGGACUUCCAAAUAUGAUGGUAAGCAUCAAUAACUCAGAUGCAAACUGUACGGCCGAUGACAACUUUAAGUACACCUUGUAUGGAUGUGUGUUUAGCAUGGUGUUUGUCCUUGGCCUCAUCGCAAAUUGUGUUGCCUUGUACAUAUUCAGCUGUACCUUAAAAGUGCGGAAUGAAACCACCACGUAUAUGAUCAACCUGGCCAUUUCUGACCUUUUGUUUGUGUUUACGCUGCCUUUUCGGAUUUUCUACUUCGCGGCCCGUCACUGGCCUUUUGGAGAUAUACUGUGCAAAAUAUCUGUCACACUGUUCUAUACAAACAUGUAUGGCAGCAUACUGUUUCUGACCUGUAUAAGCGUGGAUCGCUUUCUGGCCAUCGUAUACCCAUUCCGGUCAAAGACCAUCAGGACAAAAAGGAAUGCCAAAAUUGUCUGCCUGGCCGUGUGGUUUACUGUUCUUAUGGGCAGCGCUCCCUCAAGCUUUUUCCGUUCGACAACCACCAAUAAUAAGAACAGUUCUACAGAGGCUUGCUUUGAGAACUUUUCUAACGAUACUUGGAAAACUUAUCUAUCAAAGAUUGUGAUAUUCAUCGAAAUAGUAGGCUUCUUCAUCCCUCUCAUCCUUAAUGUUUUCUGUUCGACAAUGGUUUUGAAGACGCUGAAGAGACCGGUUACUUUAAGCAGAAGCAAGCUCAACAAAACUAAGGUGCUAAAAAUGAUCAUUGUCCACCUGGCAAUCUUUUGUUUCUGUUUCAUACCGUACAACGUCAACUUGGUACUUUACUCCCUUAUGAGGACACAGUCUUUUAGCAACUGCUCGGUGAAGGCUGCAGUCAGGACUAUGUACCCCAUUACACUGUGUAUUGCGGUAUCAAACUGCUGUUUCGAUCCCAUCAUCUACUACUUCACGUCAGAGACUAUCCAAAACUCUAUAAAAAAGAGAAACCGACCUAUGAGGAAAGACUCUCACUUCUCUGAAUCGAUGGCAACAGAAAACUUUAUUCAGCAUAGCUUACAAACUCUUAAAGCUAAAAUAUUUGAAAAUGAAUCCACAAUAUGAUGUCUAGAUGUCUAUGAGUGAAAAUAAACAUCUUAAGACACCUGGAUUAAAACAGCAGGGUCCAAGACGCCAACCCCGGUUACUUUUUAAAUUAGUUGAAAUCUGGAAAAAUAUAUGGUACCCAACUACUCCUUUUGUGUAUUGAAGAUUAUAGGGUGCCAUAUUGAGAAGGAUGGUAACAUAGGGGGUACAGGUUGCCACAGAAGGAGAAAUAGGGAUCUGCUGUUGACCCUGGUGGAGAUACUAUCGUCACCAAAUACACAUGUUGCCUCAUUCAGCAUAAGCUCAUCAAUUCCGUGAGGUAUUGGCUGCCAUAGUGUUAAUGCAUUGUAAACUGUAUAAUGGUGUAAAUAUGUGUUUGUGCUCGCUUCACCUGAACGUAUUUGAAAGAAAAGAAACUUAACGUCCCUUUUUCUUUCAAGUAGGUCUUUAAUGUUUGUGUAUAUGGCUGCUACUUGCUUUUGGUUUACGGACUCUUUAACGUCUUUGUUCCUGAAUGGUCUGCGUUUGGGUGAUUGUGUACGUCAAUUCUGGGAGCAAAGAGGUUAAAUGUUGACUAUAUCCUUCUUACAGAAGGCAGAUACAUUUAGUAUAUUACUGAACAGGAAAAAUAGUAUUUGACUUGGCUCAUGCUCUUUAUGAACACUGUAUAUGCAAAACCUACUCCACUCUGUAGUGACUGAAUUGUGAAUGUAUUGAAAGUUGGCACUUUAACCAGGACAAAAUGCUCAACUAAUACUUGGUUCUAUUAAACUUUCUUCAA